GCAGUUAUCACACGGGAAGGGCCUAUGUUUGCACUGAUAGUAACUGCACGUUCCUAACAACCCCGGAUCGUCACUUGCCUUUUCCUCGUACCUCUAAAAUUCGUUUCGGAUUCGAUUUGUUCAUCGCAAUCUGACAGACAAACGAUGGCGCUUCAAAUCCGUGCGGAGAAAAUGGAGCUGCGUCAGCACUACAGGAACGUUUGGCACACGGAUCUCAUGAGCGCCAGCGCUGAUUUCCCAUAUUGUUGCUUUGCAGCAUUGUGUGGUCCGUGUGCUUCAUUCAUGCUGCGCAAGCGAGCUCUUUACAAUGAUAUGUCCAGGUAUACAUGCUGCGCUGGCUUUAUGCCAUGCAGUGGUAGGUGUGGAGAAAGCCGGUGCCCUGAAUUUUGUCUUUGCACGGAGGUUUUCUGUUUCUUCGCAAACUCAGUAGCCUCGACCCGGUUCCUUUUGCAAGACGAAUUCAACAUACAGACAACGCAGUGCGAUAACUGCAUCAUCGCGUUCAUGUUCUGCCUCAACCAACUGGCGUGUAUAUGUUCCUUGGUUGCUUGUCUAACAGGAAGCGAGGAAAUUGAAGAAGCUUCACAGUGCUUGUCUUGCUUAUCCGACGUGGUUUAUUGCACGGUCUGUGCAUGUAUGCAGACCCAACAUAAGAUUGAAAUGGACAAGAGAGACGGUAAGUUUGGGCAACAACCUGUCAUGGUCGUGCCUCCGGUGCAGCAGAUGUCGCGGAUUGACCAGCCAUUUCCUCCUCCAGCCGGACAGCUGCCGCCACCAGCUUUUGGGCCACCACCUUACGGAUAUCCCCCGCCUCCUCAAGUUCAAGGUUAUCCACCUCCGGCUUAUCCACCUGCUGCUUAUCCUCCUCCUCCUCCACUCGCUGCUUAUCCUCAUCCAGGACAUCCAAGAUGAAGAAUCAGUGCAGCUUUCCAGCGGAUUACUAUUCAACAUGUGCAUCUCAUUAUUUUAAGGAAGUGAUCGUACAACAAUAGCAUUAACUAGUCGCAUAUCCCGAACUUUGGGUUCUAUUGAUGGAAGACAUUAGCCGAUGGAUAACUAUAUACCAAGGUGCGUCUUUCCCUGACAUGAAGUAAAUGCUGUUAUAGACAAACAAUCUUCUUAUCAUCUAGCUCAUAAUGACUUCAUUUUCCUUCUGUUUUGCCUUGGCGAGGUUUUGCCAUUGCGUUGUGUAAGCUGUGUAUAAUUUACUUUUGGUCUGCUGUCCAUGCUAAGGAGACAUAAUGCAACAUACAUCAAAUGUCUAACAGUAAAGAAGACAGGUAUAAUGUUUAUAACAAAGUUUCUCGAUAACUUCCAGCGCGAGAAUAUUCCAACAGGACAAGAGUUUCGG